AUGCUUUACCCAGAGCCCCCACAGGGAGGAAUGUUCUCAACUCCCGUAGAUAUGGGCAUUUCUCCUGAAUACUACCCACCCCGAUCCCAAGAGUACGAAACAUCGAUGGCCUACGACCCAAACACCACUUUGUAUGCCGAUACGCCAUACAACAUGUACCAUGCGAAGUCCCCCAGCCUGUAUCCCGAAGACUCCAACCUGAGCGUCGACAGCCGCAGCGCAUCCUCAUCAAACGCCGGUUCCCCCCUCUCAAAUCCUGGCAACCUAGCCUCGUGGGGAGCUCCUUCGGGCCCCGGUGUGAGCCCCGGCAUUGUCGACCAAGGCGAGUACUUCCAUGGCAACGAGUACUCAUUCGCGCCUCUUGAUGGCUAUAACCCCAAUUUCGAAUUUUCGAAUCCCAAAGGCCCCGGCUUUGUUGAUCCUUCCCUGAUCCACCCCGAAGUUCGAUCGAUGGCGAUGCCUAGCUACGAGCAUAUGUACCCUGCCCCUAGCUCCGCAUAUCCUGGCUCACCCGCUCUUUCCGCAUCUCCUCAGCUCCGAACUGGCAGCACGUCACCUUUCCUACAAAGCAACAACUACCCUACAUACUCUCCCUUCCCAGCACCUCUUGAGCCACAAAGGAGGCAAAGCCUGGUUUCAUACCAGUCCAACUUUUCCGAACAGCCAUAUAGCGGAGACGAAGCUUCGAAGGAGAAGCAGAGAUGUCCUCAUCCCGAGUGCGGCAAGACCUUCAAGGAUUUGAAGGCUCACAUGCUCACUCACCAAACAGAAAGGCCAGAGAAGUGCCCCAUUGCGACAUGCGAAUAUCAUGUCAAGGGCUUCGCGAGAAAGUAUGACAAGAACCGUCAUACUCUAACACAUUACAAGGGAACAAUGGUGUGCGGCUUCUGCCCGGGCUCCGGCUCAGCGGCCGAGAAGUCGUUUAACCGUGCCGAUGUCUUCAAGCGUCACUUGACAGCCGUUCACGGUGUAGAACAAACACCACCCAACAGCCGCAAGAAGACGCUCGGUGUCAACAGCAGCUCUGGCAACAAGCUGACUGGCUACGCACCCGAUGCCACCGGCAAGUGCUCGACAUGCUCUCAAACUUUCAGCAACGCCCAAGACUUCUAUGAGCACUUGGACGACUGCGUGUUGAGGAUUGUGCAACAAGAGGACCCGGCUGAAGCCAUCAACGCGAGGCGGUUGGCCGAGGUGGAGAGCGAUCGCGAAGUCCACAACACUCUCGAGAAGAACAACCUCCCGACUACCACGACAAUGACCUCCCAGAUGGGUGAUCUCGACGAAGAUGAAGAUAUGGCGGAUGAGGACGACAACGAGGAUUCCGUCUCUGGUCGUGGUUCCAAGAACUCGCCUUCCAGAAAGACCAAGGGCAACCCCGCCAACGGUGUGCAGAAGUCGCGAGGUCUCACCCACUCCCGCGGUGGCGUCACCCUCCAGAGCAAGACGCGUGGUCGCAAGAACCGCCGCGACUACCCUUCCAGUUGGGGCUUCGACAAGGGUCAAAUGACCAUGAAGAAGCGGGUCGUUGCUGUUUUCGAUGGACCCCGUCGUCUGGCUAAGGACGACAUGAUGUUGUCGACCGAGCACGAGGUGCGCAUCAAGCUCCAGGAUGGCAAGUCGUAUGUGACGGAUCUCGAUGUCCAGACUCUCAGGAGGACGGAGGGCUUCCUUAACGCGACAGAAGAGGAGAAGGGCCCCUGGAUUUCGGAUGACCCGACCGAAGAGGAAAAGGAGGAGGCGAGGAGGUUGCUCAUGUUGCAGUAA